AGAAAAAUUGACUCCUCUUUGAUAGCCUCUUGAUGAUUCUAUUGAUCACAAUUAAAUGAAAUUGAAAACCUUACUUACUAGUCAUCAAUAGCAAAAGAUGCAAGAACUAAUAGACAUGUAAAUCUUUAACCUUCCAACUCAAUAUGCAAUGCUUACGUUUGAGAAAUUCCCACUCAAUCAAGUUGGCACAUAUAUGUCUAUGGUACUCUACUAUUCCAUUUUUAAUUCUCGGAAUGACAUACAAUUACCAUCAUCUUUGGUGUUUUGCAUAUUGCUAUACAGACAUUAUUCUCUUUCGUAGCAUAAUCAUGCUCGCAAUGCUCUUUCUCUUGAUCUCAUUAUCAUUGAUGUGAGAAUAUUGUUUCAUUGUACCCUUUUUGAUAUUUUUCCACAAAACCAUUGCCAUCUUUAAGAACCUGUUACUAGCUUCUUCAUGAUUGAGAGGUCAAGGUUGUACUAUAUACAAAGUACUCAGAAUAUAUUGAUCCGUUUCACUCCCUCGGAAACCUUAUACGCCCAUCCAUCAGUCAAGUGAUCUUCAAUCUUUAAUCUAAGUCUCGUUCUUCUCGAGUUCAAUUGGUGUAAGUUCUCUUUGAUGAGUGUUUCUAUUCUAUUUUCUAUUUGUUUCAUGAAAACCCCAAUAAUAGUCUAUUUUCGUUUUUGACAAAGCUGUCACCGUAGAAUUUCAUUUUCUCCUUCGUUCACCGUUGGAUCGCGUUCAAUUUUGAGCAGCAUGUUUACAACACGUGACUCUUCAUUUUCAACGGUCGGAUCAUUAAAACGAUGUCUACAGUGAUCGGAAUCCUGGUUCUAAUACUGACCACGAAUUUAGAGUUUAAUAUUGUGCUUGGAAGGAAAGCAUCUAAGGUAAGGGCUUUUUCCCCAUACAUUCAUGCUACAUAGAGACUGUGUUAUGAGAUAGUGGUAGAACCUUUAUCUUUUAGAAGAAACUAAUUAAAAAGUGAUUAGAAGAAUUCAAUCGGUUUGAAUAAUUCAAUUGAAAUACUUGUCGAAUACGUUUUAUAUAAUGGUCGUUCUUGGCUUUGAUUUUAAGAGAGAUUUUGACUUAAUUAUUUGAUUUGAUAAAAAGACUAUUCAAAAUAUUUGAUUUAAAAUUAACGUAUUUGAAUCAAAUUUAAUUAAGUGGAUACUUACAAAGUGUGGAUUAUGAUGUUGUAUUAAUAAUAAAUUGCUUUUGUUACCGUUGAUUGCUAUGGUGGUCGUUGUGUUGCCGUUUGUCGUGUUGCCGUUGUUUUUAUAAGUUGUUGUUUAUAAGCCACUAUUAUAAGCCGUUGUUUAUAAGCUGUUGUCUUUAAGCCGUUGACUAUUGAUGUUGUCUCGUGAUUAAGUCGUCGAUUAUUGAUGUUGUUAUAAUGAUGAUGAAGUUGUGUUGCCUAUUGACCAAGCUGAGGUAAACACACAUACAAUCGAAGGCACAAGGCUAAUUCGAUUGACUCCUCUUGUCUGGCAAGACUCUAAGAAAGCCUUCAUGAAGUACAUGAAGCUCUUCCUCUCUCUUGACCAUUUUAAGCCUAGGUUUGCUCCCUUUGUCAAAAGAGAUAUUGGCCCAAUAUGGUUUCGAGAACCUUUUCUAGCAACUGACCCAAGGCGUGAUGAGGGAGUAAACGAAAUCUGGCGAGCUUACUUGGACCCUAAUGUCCUCUCUUGUAAGGUUGGACCUACUUCGAGUGACACAGGCCUCGUAGGUUACCAGCCAAAUCUUGUCUCCAAACAAUUUGGUCUUUCUCAACUUUGCCCCAAGAGCCUAUUUGAGCGUGCUGAGAACAUCUGCUUGGGCUUGGAUGUAUAUGAGAAAUUCUAUAAGAAAUGCAUGGAGCUUGCUACAGCGUGCUACCAUAUUAAUCCCUUCAAAUUCCACAAUUCCUUCUACUGCACCCAAGAGUUUGCUGAUUGGUGGGACAGAUACUAUUCUAGUCACAUCAUGGACACCACAACACUCAUGUCAAGGCUUGAAAGUGGCAUUUAUUUGACAUUUUACUAACAUCAAUUUAUGUGCAUUCUUAGGCAAAUCUACAGCUUCGAUCAAAACUGUUGAUCAAGCUAUUAUUGAUGCUGGUGGAAGUAGCCAACCAACCAACUCGAAGCUCAAAGAAAUGAAGCAAGAGACAACGAGUCGAAAAAGGACCAAUGACUCCACUAGUGAGCCUUCUUCUAAGAGGACUAAAUCUGUCCACAUCUUGACAGAUGAUGAGGCUGAGGCUGAAACUUGUGUGCCUUUGGUGAGGAAAAGACCUGCUUCGAGUUCAAAAUCACAAGCUGUCCCUGAGGCCCCUCAAGCUGCUGUUGAUCCCCUUCCUUCAGAACAAUCUCAGAAGAAGAAGAAGAAAAAGGACAAGUCCACUUCUCACGGUGGAGACUCUAAGUCCAAGAAGGAGAAGAAGCACAAGAAGAACACACAAAACCAGUCCAACUGGGCGUGCCAAUUUGUUUACGCUGGUUUUUCGUAAACAAUCGCUAGUUUAAUUUAAUUACUUGCAGGACCAACUAGUAAAUCCUAGGACAUGUUUUGUGUGUAAAUUUUAAUGUUCAUCAUUGAAAUAAACAUUUGGUAAACCAAUUUGAAAGAACAAUUUAGAAAGAAAAAUGUAAAUUAGACAAGAUUCCCUCGAACGAGAGAAAUUGAAAAGAUAAAUUGCAAAAGAAAGAUUAAAAUUGCAUAAAAAUGUAAAAGUUUUACAAAGAAAAAA